GAAAAUGCCAACAAACAGCCCACAUGUUCCCGAGCAUCCCUGGCGCCUGCCUCCCUAGCGCGGAGCCUCUCCCCCUCUGUCCACCUGCCGGGCGGCCACGACUCCACCCCUUCCCUGCCCGGCCACCCAGACCCAUGCCUCGUCCCCAGGGACGCCAGCCCCCUGGCGCGUCCAGAGCCCCCGGCGCCUGCCAUGCUGUACGUCGGUGACCCCCUGCGGCACCUCGCCACGGCCCAGUUCAAUCUGCUCAGCAGCACCAUGGACCAGAUGGGCAGCCGCGCGGCCCCGGCCAGCCCCUACACCCCCGAGCACACGGCCAGCGUGCCCACCCACUCGCCCUACGCCCAGCCCAGCUCCACCUUCGACACCAUGUCCCCGGCGCCUGUCAUCCCCUCCAACACCGACUACCCCGGCCCCCACCACUUCGAGGUCACUUUCCAGCAGUCGAGCACAGCCAAGUCGGCCACCUGGACGUACUCCCCGCUGCUGAAGAAGCUCUACUGCCAAAUCGCCAAGACAUGCCCCAUCCAGGUCAAGGUGUCCACCCCGCCGCCCCCAGGCACCGCCAUCCGCGCCAUGCCUGUUUACAAGAAGGCAGAGCAUGUGACCGACAUCGUGAAGCGCUGCCCCAACCACGAGCUCGGGAGGGACUUCAAUGAAGGACAGUCUGCCCCGGCCAGCCACCUCAUCCGCGUGGAAGGCAACAAUCUCUCACAGUACGUGGACGACCCCGUCACCGGCAGGCAGAGCGUCGUGGUGCCCUACGAGCCUCCACAGGUGGGGACAGAAUUCACCACCAUCCUGUACAACUUCAUGUGCAACAGCAGCUGCGUGGGGGGCAUGAAUCGGCGGCCCAUCCUCAUCAUCAUCACCCUGGAGACCCGGGAUGGACAGGUGCUGGGCCGCCGAUCCUUCGAGGGCCGCAUCUGCGCCUGUCCUGGCCGAGACCGCAAAGCCGACGAGGACCACUACCGCGAGCAGCAGGCCCUGAACGAGAGCUCCGCGAAGAACGGCGCCGCCAGCAAGCGCGCUUUCAAGCAGAGCCCCCCAGCUGUCCCCGCCCUGGGCACCGGCGUGAAGAAGAGGCGGCACGGGGAUGAGGACACGUACCACCUGCACGUGCGAGGCCGGGAGAACUUCGAGAUCCUGAUGAAGCUCAAGGAGAGCCUGGAGCUCAUGGAGCUGGUGCCGCAGCCGCUGCUUGACUCCUACCGGCAGCAGCAGCAGCUCCUGCAGAGGCCGAGCCACCUGCAGCCUCCGUCCUACGGGCCAGUGUUGUCGCCCAUGAACAAGGUGCACGGGGGUGUCAACAAGCUGCCCUCUGUCAAUCAGCUGGUGGGCCAGCCCCCCUCCCACAGCUCGGCGGCCGGGCCCGGCCUGGGGCCCGUGGGCCCUGCGGUGCUCAGCAACCACAGCCACGCCCUGCCAGCCAACGGCGAGGCCAGCGGCGGCCACGGCACCCAGCCCAUGGUCUCAGGGUCCCACUGCACUCCGCCACCCCCCUACCACGCCGACCCCAGCCUCGUCAGUUUUUUAACAGGUUUGGGGUGCCCCAACUGCAUCGAGUAUUUCACCUCCCAAGGGUUACAGAACAUUUACCACCUGCAGAACCUAACGAUCGAGGACCUGGGGGCCCUGAAGAUCCCCGACCAGUACCGCAUGACCAUCUGGCGAGGCCUGCAGGACCUGAAGCAGGGCCACGACUACGGCCAGCAGCUGCUCCGCGCCAGCAGCAACGCGGCCACCAUCUCCAUCGGCGGCUCGGGGGAGCUGCAGCGGCAGCGCGUCAUGGAGGCCGUGCACUUCCGCGUGCGCCACACCAUCACCAUCCCCAACCGCGCCGGCCCUGGCGGGGGCGCGGGCCCCGACGAGUGGGCCGACUUCGGCUUCGACCUGCCGGACUGCAAGUCCCGAAAGCAGCCCAUCAAGGAGGAGCUGUCGGAGGGCGAGAUCCACUGA